AUGGUCGACCCCAGCCCCUUUGCCUUUUCGCCUGGUCAACUCAACAAGCUGCUGAACCCAAAGUCUCUUAAUGCCUUCCGCGCGCUAGGAGGCUUGAGGGGCAUAGUUACUGGCCUGCAGACGGAUCUUACCUCUGGAUUAAGUGCGGAGGAAACGGCACCCACGAAAGAGCCCUUUGGCGAUCGUAUACGAGUUUACAAUCGCAACGUACUCCCCGCAAAGAAAGCAACGCCGUUUUGGAGGUUAUUAUGGAACGCAUACAACGACAAGGUUCUCAUCCUCCUCACCGCAGCGGCUGUUAUCUCUCUUGCAUUGGGACUUUACGAAACAUUUGGUGUUGAGCAUGACCCGGGUGAUCCUACUCCUGUUGAUUGGGUCGAGGGUGUGGCCAUCUGCAUUGCCAUCAUUGUGGUUUCCUUUGUUAGCGCUGGCAAUGAUUGGCAAAAGGAGAGAGCCUUUGUCAAGUUGAAUGCUAAAAAGGAGGAUAGAGAGGUCAAGGUUACUAGGUCGGGCAAGGUGGUUAUGAUCAACGUUCACGAUGUGCUCGUUGGUGAUAUUCUACAUCUUGAACCUGGUGAUCUUGUGCCGGUUGAUGGUGUUUUUAUUGAUGGACAUGACCUUAAGUGUGAUGAGUCUUCGGCAACUGGAGAAUCGGAUGCUAUCAAGAAGACUGGAGGUGCGGCUGUUAUGCAGGUAUUGGAAGCUGAUCGCGAUUCAAAGGGUCUUGAUCCUUUCAUCAUCUCUGGCUCCAAGGUUCUCGAAGGUAUGGGCACAUUCCUUUGCACCUCGGUCGGCGUCAACAGUAGCUACGGCAAGAUCAUGAUGUCUGUCCGCACCGAAACCGAAGAAACCCCUCUCCAGAAGAAGCUCUCCAAACUCGCCAGCUCCAUCGCAUACCUCGGCGGUGCUGCAGCCGGUCUUCUCUUCUUUGUCCUCUUGUUCCGCUUCGUUGCCAAUCUCCCCGGCGAUGACCGUCCCGCGACGGACAAGGCUUCGUCAUUUAUGGAUAUCCUCAUUGUUGCCGUCACCAUCAUUGUCGUUGCCGUGCCCGAGGGCUUGCCUCUUGCUGUUACGCUUGCUCUUGCGUUUGCUACAACAAAGAUGUUGAAGGAGAAUAACCUCGUGAGGGUUCUUAGGGCGUGCGAGACUAUGGGUAAUGCGACUGCUAUCUGUUCGGACAAGACGGGUACUCUGACGACCAACAGAAUGACUGUUGUCGCGGGUACAUUUGGUGACACCAACUUCUCCAACACAGAGAAGCAGGACACCCCAAUUGCCGCCUGGGCAAAGAAGCUCACGCCUGAUGCCAAGGACAUCAUCAUCCAAAGCGUCGCCAUCAACUCCACUGCCUUUGAAGGUCAAGAGAAUGGUCAAGCUGUUUUCCUCGGAUCCAAGACAGAGACUGCUCUUCUCGACCUAGCAAAGGAACAUCUCGGUCUUGAUUCUCUGGCCCAAGUUCGUGCCAAUGAGGAGAUUGUUCAGAUGAUACCCUUUGACUCGAGCAAGAAGUGCAUGGGCGCUGUUAUCAAGCUUCGGUCUGGCGGUUACCGUCUUCUCGUCAAGGGUGCUUCCGAGAUGCUUCUUGCAUACUGCACGUCCAAGGCCGACAUUGACACCUUCGAAGAAGAGCCUCUCACCGAUGAAGAUCGUCAGACCUUGAACGAUACCAUCGGUGUCUACGCGAGGAGAUCUCUUCGGACAAUCGGUCUCGUGUACAAGGAUUAUCCCAGCUGGCCCCCGUCAUCCGCCGAAGUCACUGACAACAACCACGUCGACUUUGCGUCUGUCCUCAGCGAGCUUGUCUUCCUCGGUGUCGUUGGCAUUCAAGAUCCAGUCCGUCCCGGUGUACCUGAAGCAGUGCGCAAGGCUCAACGUGCUAAUGUCACCGUCCGCAUGGUCACCGGUGACAACGCCGAGACUGCCAAGGCCAUUGCCAGGGAGUGUGGUAUCUACACCGACGGAUUGGUAAUUGAAGGCCCUGACUUCCGAAGACUCUCUGAGGAAGAGAUGGAUAGAAUCUUGCCGAAUCUUCAAGUCCUUGCUCGAUCCUCACCUGAGGACAAGAGGAUUCUUGUCAUGAGACUUAAGCACCUUGGUGAGACCGUUGCAGUCACUGGAGAUGGUACCAAUGACGCCCCUGCACUCAAGGCUGCUGAUAUUGGUUUCUCCAUGGGCAUUUCUGGUACCGAAGUUGCAAAGGAGGCUUCGUCAAUUAUUCUCAUGGAUGACAACUUUACUUCCAUUAUCACUGCCCUUAAGUGGGGACGAGCUGUUAACGAUGCCGUCCAAAAGUUCCUCCAGCAGUUCCAAAUCACCGUCAACAUCACCGCUGUUCUCUUGGCCUUUAUCACCGCCGUCUAUGACCCCGACAUGGAGUCUGUCCUCAAGGCGGUCCAGCUCCUCUGGGUCAACCUCAUUAUGGAUACCUUUGCAGCCUUGGCCCUGGCUACUGACCCUCCCACUGAGGAGAUUCUUGACCGUCCUCCUCAGGGCAAGGAUAAGCCAUUGAUCACCGUCACCAUGUGGAAGAUGAUCAUCGGCCAGGCCAUCUAUCAACUCGCAGUCACCUUUGUCCUCUACUUUGCCGGCGACAAAAUCCUAGGCUACGACACCUCCAUCGAGAGGCAAAAGACUGAACUCGACACCGUCAUCUUUAACACCUUUGUCUGGAUGCAAAUCUUCAACAUGUUCAACAACCGCCGUCUCGACAACAAGUUCAACAUCUUCCAGGGCGUCCAGCGCAACCAAUUCUUUGUCCUCAUCACGCUCCUCAUGAUUGGUUUACAGGUCAUCAUCAUCUUCAAGGGUUCCAGGGCUUUCCAGAUUGUCCCGGAUGGACUUGAUGCUACGCAAUGGGGUGUUUCUGUCAUCACUGCUUUGUUUUGUCUUCCCUGGGCUAUUCUCAUUCGACUUUUCCCUGAUGAAUGGUUUGCUGCCGUUGCUGGCUUUGUUGGUACACCUUUCGCGUUUGUCUACAGGUUCUUGCUUGUGCAAUGGACCAAAUUCAAGGGUGUCUUUUCGAGGAAGGGCAAGAAGAAUGAUGAUCCUGAAGCUGCGGUUACACCUGCCACGAACUAG